UGGGACUCCCUGCCACCCUUGCUAUGAUGAUGAUUCACUGCUUGGACCAAGGCGACCCCGACGACGAUGCGGAUGGAAGUGUCGGGUACUGCGGAACCACCAUCUCGUGCGACGAUGCCAGCGCAGUCAUGAAGUGCUUUUACACUCGGCACCUCCUCUUUGAGAGCUCGCAAGACCUUCGCAACUAUUCGUACUGGGGGUUUACUGAUGGUUUUCCGACCUUGUGCGGCAGUGAGCGGGCGGCGGUGGACGCCGGACUCGUGCAUCCUCACAUCGAGAUGCGACCGAUAGACAUCCCUGGCAUCGGAACUCAAAUGGGGCUCUUCGCUACGCAAGACCUACCGGCAGGCACGUUCCUCGGCGAGUACACCGGCGUGCUCAAAGCCGAUCGCGGCGGGUCGUUCGACAGCUACGGAUUGGCCUACCCGUCCACUUACGAACACGGCAACCUGUGCAUCUCCGCCAGCGAAUACGGAAACAUCAUGCGAUGCAUCAACCACAGCUACACCCGUCCCAACUCUGCGUUUGCAUCUGCCUUGUGCAAUGGCCUCUUGCGCAUGAUCUGUAGAACGCAAUGCAAUGUCGUUUCAGGGACGCAAAUCCUCAUCAAUUACGGCACUGCGUACUGGAAUGCAGCUGGCGUGACCCCACACGAAUGGCAUGGCUGCAAUUCGUUAACUAGUUUUAGUGGAUAGUUUGACUUUAGUAAGUGGCUAUUUAGUUAAUCAAAGCGCUCCUUGCUUGUCGUGAAAGCGUUGAAAAGUCUCGAGGGAUUCUUCCGAAGACACUGGCGAUGUUAGAAGCAACGCCUGUUGAAAAUGGCGCCCGUCGAUCGCUUCCAUGUGAAUAUUCUCGCGCAACGCCAGCAACGCCGCCUCCCGGCACACGUUCUAGGCAAUAUAUACUCAGUUAACUACCUAAGCAACUA